AUGAACGCGUUUAUGGUGUGGAGUCGUGGACAAAGGCGUAAAAUGGCACAGGACAACCCUAAAAUGCACAACUCGGAAAUCAGCAAGCGUCUGGGAGCUGAAUGGAAGCAGUUGUCUGACAAAGAUAAACGCCCUUUCAUAGAUGAAGCAAAAAGGUUACGAUCUAUCCAUAUGAAGGCACUUUUCGCCAAUUACGGUCCACUCGAUGGGAUCAAAGCACCUGACUUCACCAGCUACUACUCCUCAUUCUUCCCCAACAGUAUGCUGUCAACAUCGUAUUCUCCCUAUAACGUGAUGGCCGCCUAUGCACGACAAGCAGCUGCGGUAGCAGCAGCUUCGCAACCUUCCCACUCAACGAAUUCAUUGCCUCAGACUUGA